AUGGGUGAUAAUAAAAGAGUAUCUUAUAGUCCGAUGAAUGCAGAACUUCUCCGUGAUGAGAAAGAGCCUUUGCGGGAGGCAGAUUUAUCUUCUAAGGAUAUGGUGUGGGUUCCUCAUGAACGAGAAGCAUUUGUCGCAGCUGUUAAGCUUCAAGAACAAGGAGAAAACGUUGUAGUACAGCUCGUAGAGUCAGGAAAGAAAUGUACGUUUCCUAAGGAUUAUGUUCAAAGAAUGAACCCCUCAAAAUACGACAAGAUAAAGGACAUGGCAAACCUAUCGUUUAUGAAUGAAGCAUCAGUCUUAAAUAACUUAAAGACGAGAUAUUAUUCAGGAAUGAUCUAUACAUACUCCGGAUUGUUUUGUGUGGUUGUUAACCCAUACAAACGAUUACCGAUCUAUGACGAAGAGAUAGUAGAGUGGUAUAAAGGAAAAAAGCGCCAUGAAAGACCACCACAUAUAUUCGCUAUUGCUGAUGGAGCUUACCGUAGCAUGCUUCAAGACCGUGAGGAUCAGUCGAUUUUGUGCACCGGUGAAUCAGGAUCUGGAAAGACUGAAAAUACGAAAAAGGUAAUACAAUACCUCGCAUGUGUUGCCACGUCUGCAAAACAGCAAAAAACAUCAGCCAAAAAUGUAAUGUCAAAGUUUAACACGAAAGAUUUCAGUAUUGGUGAACUUGAAGCACAACUUUUGAAGGCAAAUCCCAUUCUUGAAGCCUUUGGAAAUGCCAAAACAAUUAAAAAUGAUAAUUCUUCACGUUUUGGUAAAUUUAUUCGUAUUAAUUUUGACACAUCUGGAUUCAUUGCUGGAGCUAAUAUUGAAACAUAUCUUUUAGAGAAAGCUCGUGUUAUUCGUCAGGCAGUGGAUGAACGCAGCUUCCACAUAUUUUAUCAGCUUUUGGCAUCAGCUACUCCAGCAAUGCAACAACAACUAUUAUUAAAUCAUGCUAGUGCUUAUCGUUUCCUUUCAAAUGGUAUGAUCGAACUCCCGGGGAUCGAUGAGCAACAAUUUUUCCGUGAAACAACUGAAGCCAUGGAUAUAAUGGGAAUUAAUAACGAGGACCAAAAUGCCAUAUUCCGCGUGGUAUCUGCUGUGCUUCAUCUAGGAAACUUGGAAUUUCGUCAGGAACGAAGUUCUGACCAAGCAACUUUACCAGAUCAUUCAGUCGCUGAAGAGGUAUCCCAUCUUCUGGGUAUCCCUCUGAGCGAAAUGGUCAAAGCGUUUUUGAAACCGCGCAUCAAAGUUGGGAAAGAUCUGGUGUCAAAAGCUCAAACCAAGACGCAAGUGGAAUUCGCUGUUGAAGCUAUUUCAAAAUCUAUCUACGAAAGGCUCUUUCUUUGGUUAGUCGCACGAAUAAAUAAAACACUUGACAAAACUAGACGACCGGGUGCAUCGUUUGUCGGGAUUCUCGAUAUAGCUGGUUUCGAAAUCUUCCAAGUGAAUUCUUUUGAACAGCUAUGCAUCAAUUAUACGAAUGAGAAACUUCAACAACUUUUUAACCAUACAAUGUUUAUCUUAGAACAAGAUGAGUAUACUCGUGAAGGCAUACCAUGGGAAUUUAUAGACUUUGGACUUGAUUUGCAACCGACAAUCGAUCUAAUUGAACGACCUAUGGGUAUCUUCGCCUUGUUGGAUGAAGAAUGCUUCUUCCCUAAGGGAACUGACAAGUCGUUUGUUGAAAAACUCAUCAAAUCUCAGGAUAAACAUCCAAAACUGUGUAAAACUGAAUUUCGAUCUAAUGCUGAUUUCGGUGUUAUUCACUAUGCUGGUCGAGUUGAAUAUAAUUCAAAUCAAUGGCUAAUGAAAAAUAUGGAUCCUCUCAACGAUAAUGUGGUCGCAUUGCUUCAGGCAUCAAAUGAUCCAUUUGUUCAGGCUAUGUGGAAAGAUGCCGAAAUUGUAAGCAUGUCAGCCACUACUACGACCGACAUCGCUUUCGGUUCUGCUCGUAGUGUUAGAAGGGGAAUGUUCCGUACUGUAAGUCAACUCUACAAAGAUUCACUUAUACGUUUGAUGACUGUAUUGAAAAAUACGUCUCCAAACUUUGUCCGUUGUAUCAUUCCAAAUCAUGAAAAAAAGCCAGGGCGAAUUGAUGGUCCUUUAGUUUUGGAACAACUUAGAUGUAAUGGUGUGCUGGAGGGCAUAAGGAUUUGUCGUCGUGGUUUCCCCUCGCGUAUCCUCUUCCAGGAAUUCAGGCAAAGAUAUGAAAUUUUAACUCCGAAUGUUAUCCCAAAGGGAUUUAUGGAUGGUCGUAAAGCCGUUACUGAGAUGUUGAAGGCUCUCGACUUAAGUCAAGACGUCUACUGCAUUGGUAAUAGUAAAAUAUUUUUCAAAGUUGGUGUUCUGGCUCAGUUAGAAGAAGACCGUGAUAUACACUUGACUAACUCGGUCAUUAAAUUCCAAGCAUAUGCUCGUGGUUAUCUAGCCCGACGAGCUAAGGAACAACGCAUACAAAACAUUCAAGCUAGCAAAAUAAUCCAAAGGAAUUGUGAUGCUUACCUUAAACUGAGAAAUUGGCCCUGGUGGCGUUUGUUUACAAAAGUUAGACCACUUCUUACUAUUACUCGCCAAGAAGAUUUGGUCGCUGUUAAAGAAGAAGAGAUUCGGAAGAUUCGUGAACAAAUGGAAAAAGUUGUCAGUGAGCUUAAUGAAAUGCAAAGAUCUUACGAAAAGUUAAGCAAUGAGAAAGUCCAGCUAAAUGCUGAAUUACAACAAGAACACGAUUCAAAUCAAAAUUUACAGACAGAGCGUGAUCGUCUACGCGAAAAAUUACAAACUUUAGAAGAAGACUAUAUGGAACUUGAGAAUAGAGAUAGUGAAGAAAAAUCAAAAUUACAUAACCUGGAAGCUGAACAAAAACGUCUGUUAGAACAGAUAUCAGAUUUAUCAGAUCAGUUAGAAUUGGAAGAACAACAACGCCAAAAAUUACAAGUUGAAAAGACAUCUAUCGAACAAAAAGUUUCUCAACUUAACGAUGGCUAUGUUAGCAUUGAAGAUAAAUAUAAUAAACUUGUUAAAGACAAAAAGCAGUUGACUGAUCGAAUAGAUUUGUUAACUAGUCAGUUAGCAGAAGAAGAAGAGCGUAGUAAACAAUUAACUAAACUUAAAAGUAAAUAUGAAAGUAACCUUAAUGAACUUCAGGAUAAACUUGUCCGUGAACAAAAAUCUCGUCAAGAUAUCGAAGUGGCAAAAAGACGACUUGAAACUGAGGCUUCCGAACGUCUAGAUCAAGCAUCGGAAUCGUCAAGGAUUGUUGAGGAGCUCCGAGCCACGGUGGCUAAACUUGAGGCAGAAGUUGCUCAAUUACAAAAUCGAUUAGAUGAAGAGAUUGUUGCCAAAGCCGUGGCACAAAAAUCAGUGCGAGAAUAUAAAUCACAUAUUCAAGAACUCAAAGAAGACUUAGAAGCUGAACGAAUUGCUCGUGACAAAGCUGAUGAAGCUAAAAGAGAUCUGACGGAAGAAGUGGAGGCGAUGAGAUUAGAACUCAUUGACAGUGGAACAAACAGCGAGGCACAAACUCAAGCUCUCCGAAAAUAUGAAUCUGAUUUAUCCAACCUACGUCAUCAGCUUGAAGCUCAGUCAAACGCCCAUGAAGCUACUAUUCAAGAUAUGCGCAAAUCUCAUGCCGCAACUCUAGAAACAUUAAACGAUCAAAUUGAACAACUUAAAAAAAGUAAAGUUUCCUUAGAAAGAUCAAAAGUUCAACAAGAUUCAACAACUGAUGCAUUACAGAAACAAAUCCAAAGCCUUAAACAAGACAAAACGGAAAUUGACAAACGUCGUCGUCAAGUUGAACAGCAACUAAAUGAAAGUUUAGUCAAAAUGCAAGAAACAGAAAUGCAACGUAAUGAUUUAGAGUCCAGACUCACUAAAGCAUUGAAUGAAAUUGAAGGUUUGAAUAAUGCAAUGGAAGAAAUCGAAACUAAAUUAGGCAAGGUCUCGCGUUCUGAAACCUCUGCACAAUCUGAACUCAAUCAUUUAUGUGCACGUUUGGAAGAAGAAACUCAGGCAAAAUUAAGCUUACAGUUACAGUUACGUCAAGUAGAGGAUGAAAGAGAAACAGUAAAGGAUUCACUGGAUGCUGAAGAACAAGCCAAAACUGCCCUAGAGAAACAUAUUAUAGCACUUACUACUCAGAUGCAAGAUGCAAAGAAAAAAGUGGAGGAAGAUACACAUUAUUUGGAAACCUUGGAAGAUGCACGUAAAAAACUUCAACGCGAAUUGGAUGAUACCCGGAAUCGUAAUGAAGAACUUGUUUCACAAGUUGAAAAGUUAGAGAAGUCACGCAAGAAAUUACAAAGUGAACUUGAAGAUAUGAAUCAUGUCAUGGCUAGUCAACGAUCUGAUCAAGCUAAUAAUGAACGUCGAAUCAAGAAAUUAGAAUCAACUCAUGCAGAAACUGUUAAUCAACUUAAUAGUUUUCAGGCUCAAAAAGAUGCAUUUUAUCAAGAAAUGCUUGAAAAAGACACAAAAUUAUUCACACAAAAGAAUGAAAUGGAAAAGCUUAAAGAACAGCUAGAAGAGUCAGAACGCCAGCGUUCAUUACUCGCUCGUGAAUUAGAAGAACUUGGUUCUCAUGGGGAUGAUGCUGGUAAAAGUUUAGUAGGGUUGGAACAAACGAACUAUCGUCUAAAUGAACGAUUAAAAGAAACUCAACAACAAAUAGAUGAACUAGAAGAUGAGAUUUCGACAUUUACCAUGGAGAAACAACGUGCAGAGGUUCAAAUGAAUGCUGUUCGCACCCAACUAGAACGAGAAUUGGCGUCUCGCGAUGACUUGCUCGAAGAACAAAGACGUCAAUCUCUUAAACGUAUAAGAGAACUUGAAACUGAAUUAGAAGAAGAACAAAGAGAACGUGCUAGUCAUCUUAAUGUUCGCAAAAAAUUGGAAACUGAUCUUGCAGAUAUUAGUCAACGCUUUGAAUUAGCAAAUCGACAAAAAGAAGAAGCUGUAAAACAAUUGAAAAAAUACCAAGGUGUUACUAGUGGCAUUCAGCGUGAACUUGAAGAUGCUGUCCGUGCUCGUGAUCAAGCUAUAGAUUCUGCACGAGAAUUGGACAAGAAAUAUCGUAUGCUGGAUGCAGAUAAAGCUCGACUUCAAGAAGAUUUAGGUGUAAGUGAAAGAACUUGUCGUAAUUUAAAGAGUGAUUUAAAUGAAGCUUUGGAGGAGUUAUCUGUUGCAAAUAAUGCCAAAACUUUAGCACUGGAAGAAAAGAAGCGUUUAGAAGCUCGUAUUACUGCUUUAGAGGAUCAGCUGGAAGAAAUACAAAGUGCCAUGGAUGCUACAGAAGAGCGCCACAAACGAGUCUACUGUCAAAUGGAACAAGCUCAGACAGACUUAAGCGUCGAGAAGAAUAACUUCCUACGUUCAGAGUGUCAGAGAGUCUCUCUUGAAAAACAGGUGAAAGAAUUACGCGAUAGGCUAGUUGAAGCUGAAAAAGAAGGAAGUCGUCGUGGUAAAGCUCAAAUUGCAACAUUAGAAGCUCGUUUGACAACCUUAGAUGAGCAACUAGAAGCAGAAAAACUAGAGAAGUUAAAUGCAAAUAAAAAUUUCCGCAGAGCUGAAAAGAAAUGCAAAGAUUUAGUCCUCCAAAAUGAUGAUUUGAGACGAUGUGCAGAAGCGUUGAAGGAAUCUUUUGAGAAAGCUCAAUCUUCAUGUAAACAAAAUAAACGAGAAAUAGCAGGUCUUGAAGAAGAGAACGCCAGAAUCAAUGCAAGAUGUCGCCGCCUCCAAAGAGAUUUAGAAGAAGUAAUGGAAGCUAAACGAACCAUUGAACGAGAUCUACAAAAUCUUCGUAAACUUAGUCGAAGUACGACUCGUCCAAAUCGUCAAUUGCCGACAGUACUUUCAACACUUUCACCUGAUGUUGCAGUAGAUGAACAUAAUUCAGUGAGUGAAUUGGAUUCUAUGACUAGUGAUUUUGGAAGCGGUGGAUCAGUUGCUACUCACAACAAUAAUAAUAAUGCUUCUACGCCUUCAGCUAAUGAAAAUUGA